UCGAAAACUUGCACACCGAGCGCGUCCGGCUUCCCGGCCCUCUUCCUCGGGAGGAUGUCAAGCGACGAGUUCAGCAAGAAUGAUUAUCUUUCAAACAGAAAUGUUCUAGCCUCAAUCCAAACGAAAGAAGGUCUGAGCCUGGAGCUGAUAAGUGGAGAUGUUCUGUAUUUCUGGGCUGAUGUCAUUGUCAACACUGUUCCCAUGAAUCUUCAGCUUGGAGGAGGACCACUAUCUCAGGCUCUUUUGCAGAAAGCUGGUCCAAUGCUCCAGAAAGAGUUAAAUGCCGCCCAGCAGAGAAGAAAGGAGAAAGUGGGUAGCAUAUUCAUGACAAGUGGCUGCCACCUGGACUGCAAAGCUGUGCUCCAUGUUGUGGCUCCAGGCUGGGAUAAUGGAGCAGGGACUUCCUGGCAGAUCAUGGCAAAUAUAAUCAAGACAUGUUUGACAACUGUAGAACAGCUAUCUUUCUCAUCAAUUACAUUUCCCAUGAUUGGAACAGGAAAUCUGCGGUUUCCCAAAGCUAUUUUUGCUGAACUAAUCCUUUCAGAAGUGUUCAAAUUUAGUAGCAGUACAUGGCUGAAAACCUUACAGGAAGUUCACUUUCUGGUACAUACAGAUGAUGAUGAAGGCCGUCAGGCAUUUUUAGAUGAAUUCACUAGGUGGUCAAGAGGAAAUCCCAACAAGGACAGGAUUCUCCUGGCUGGAGAUACCCAAGGUAUCUCCGGGGCUGUCUCUAAGCCUUCGUUUACAACAUAUGAAAUGAAAAUUGGUGCCAUUACUUUCCAGGUUGCUGCUGGAGAUAUCACCAAAGAAAAGGCAGAUGUUAUUGUAAACUCAACAACAAGGACAUUUAACCUGAAAUCAGGUGUGUCAAAAGCAAUUUUAGAAGGUGCUGGACCAGCUGUGGAAAAUGAAUGUGCCGUACUAGCUGCACAGCCUCACAGAGAUUUUAUAAUUACACAAGGUGGAUACUUAAUGUGCAAAAUAAUAAUUCAUGUUCUUGGGGGAAACGAUGUCAGGGAAACAGUCUCCAGUGUUCUAGAAGAGUGUGAACAGAGGAAGUACUCAUCUGUUUCCCUUCCAGCCAUUGGAACAGGAAAUGCCAGAAAAAACCCAGUCAUAGUUGCUGAUAACAUAAUCGAUGCUAUUGUAGACUUCGCAUGGAAACAUUCCACCCCAUCAUUAAAAACCAUUAAAGUUGUCAUCUUUCUAUCUGAGCUGCUAAAUGUGUUCUAUGACAGCAUGAGAAAAAGAGACACCUCCGUAUCACCUACCAUUCAGUCCACAUUCUCCGAGACUGCAUAUAAUAUUCCUGAAUACUGGACUGACAUGAAUCAUCAGCUGUCUUGCGUGGUCCAACUACAACCUGGACAAUCAGAAUAUGACACUGUAAAGGACAAGUUCAAUCAGACUUGUUCUUUCUACACAAUAGAGAAGAUUGAAAGGAUACAGAACGUAUUUCUCUGGCAGAGCUACCAGAUAAAGAAAAAACACAUGGACAUCAAGAAUGGCCAUACAAAUAAUGAGAGACUCCUCUUCCACGGGACAGAUGCAGACUCAGUGCCACACGUCAAUCAGCAUGGCUUUAACCGCAGUUAUGCUGGGAAGAACGCCGUAUCUUUUGGAAAAGGAACGUAUUUUGCUGUUGAUCCCAGUUAUUCUGCUAGCGAUGCAUACUCCAAACCAGAUGGCAGUGGGAGAAAGCAUAUGUAUGUUGCGCGAGUACUUACUGGAGUCUACGCACAAGGACAUGCAGAGUUAGUUACCCCUCCACCAAAGAAUCCUCAGAACCCCACAGAUCUGUUUGACUCUGUCACAGACAAUACACAAUAUCCAAGGCUAUUUGUGGUAUUCUUUGAUAAUCAGGCUUACCCAGAAUAUAUCAUAACUUUCAGAUAUUGA